AUGUUCAACCAUCAAUUUAUCAAUAACGAUCAUCAAAACGGUUCACCAUCAAGUAGUAAAGUUAUAAUCCAGGAUAAAAAUAAUAUGAGUUUCAUGGGAAUGUCUAAUGAUCAUUUAAGAAGUGAGAUUGGUAGACGUGCUAUAGCUGUCGUUGAAGCAUAUGAAGAGCUUGGAAGUGCAUGUAGAAGGGCCGAAUAUGCCGUUAGCCAACUUAAAGCACUACUACCUCCUGACGCUAAUGUAGUUCUUCCUUCAGAUGCCAGCAUACCAUCAUUUCCAUCUACAUUACAUAAUAAACCACCUCAAAAUCUGGACGUACCUAUAUCAUACGAUAGAAAUAUAAAUACAACAAAUAUGACUGCAGAUACGUCUACUAGCUCAGUUAACACAACUACAGCAGGAAUUAAUGAUGAUAAUAUGGUAGCAUCACUUUUAAUGUCUCUUACAAAUGCUUCUUGGGAACGUAACCCUAAUCCCGUAGAAAGUGAUAAAGGUGGUCAUGAUACUGAUGAUAUAAAUAUGAUAGAUAACUCAUCUUAUGUUGAUCAUAAACCGUUAGUCAUUAAGGAUCAAAGUUCUCCAAAUACUCGUUCAAGUAAUCGUAACCGAUCCCGUAGAAAACCAUCAACUGGAAAAGUUCCUUAUUCAACUCAAUUCACCCCCGAAGAAAUCUUAUUCCUAGAUGAAUUUAAUAAAUUGUAUGAAAAAAGAGUUCAACUAGGUCCAACUAGACAAAGUGAUAUUGCUUCCGAAAUCAGGCAAUUUGCUAAUAACGCUAUAGCGUUUGGGCAACCUGCUGUCUCGGGGUUGGUUAGAAAAACAAAAGUGCCUAAGGAACAAAGGGCUGUGAAUGCUUUGAAAGCUUGGAUUGAAAGUGGAAAGAAAAGAUUAGGUGUUGUAUAA